AAGGCGGCUGCGGCGGCGUCCAGGGGAGGGCGCACACGGCCGGCUACGGCGACCACGACGGCGCGGGCUCCGGCUCUGGGUGAAGAGGGUUUCAAGACUCUGCGUCACUCUGUCCUCCUGUAAAUGUGGUCCGGUCUGGAUGUUUCAGCUCGUGCACGGGGGGCCAGCCCUCCAGGUGAGGUCUGACAACGCAGAGGAGGGCUGCGCUCUCUCUUCUUCAGUCCAGGUGUUAUCUUCCUAACGAGACCUAGGACCACAGCCUUUUUUCCUUUGAGAAUCCAUAUUCAACUCCCUCCUGCUAAAUACAUGUUUUGUUCACACAUGUACUCAAUCGUCUGAACAAUUAGGAAGAAUUGGUUAUAAAAGAGUGGGGGUGCUGGGAUAAACAGCCUUGCAACUGGAGGCUUCAAUCAAAACUGGGAGAAAAACAGCUGAAAGGUGGUGUUCCUGCCCAGCCCUUUCUUCUGCCACAUUUUCUUCCCUUACCAAAAGGAAGAUGCAAAAAAACCCAAAAAUGAGGAAAGGAAUUUUCUAACAUCUGGGUGGAGAAGAUCUGACAUCUCAAGUUCUUGGCAGGACCUGUGGUAUCCACCAGGCCUCUUACAAGGUCUUGGCCCUCAGGGCCCUUUCUCUUUCCCAUCCCAGGAACUCAGACAUGACCAGGAAGAUCUUCACAAACACCAGGGAGCGGUGCAGGCAGCAGAAUGUCAACAGUGCCUUUGCCAAGUUGAGGAAGCUCAUCCCCACUCACCCUCCAGACAAAAAGCUGAGCAAAAAUGAAACACUUCGCCUGGCGAUGAGGUAUAUCAACUUCUUGGUCAAGGUCUUGCGAGAGCAAAGCCUGCAGCCAACGGCCGUGGCCGCUCAGGGAAACAUUCUGGGACUCUUCCACCAAGGACCGCACCUGCCAGACAGGACGCUUCUCGGUGACUACCAGCUUCCUUUACCUGGCCCAAGCCACCACAUUCCGUAGUGUGGCUCUGGCUGUCACCGCCCUGGGCAGCACUUGUUCAGAAGUCACUGGCUGUCGACAGCCCUUUGCAUGUUCCAGAGUCAACUUGAUGAAUAAUUUGUGAGGGAUGAAUUUAAGCUUCCCAGGAGGUGGCUCAUGGUCAGCAGCAGAGAGCCGAAAGGAGGCCGUGAAGAAUGUGACUUGGGAGUCUGCCACCCCUGGGACUUUGGGCAGAGCAGCCUGUCUGUCUGUUUUAUUUAUCCGGGAUCUGCUUAAGAUGCUUGAAAAAAAAAAUCAUAGGUUAAAAAUAGGUUUUUAAGGGCUGGC